AUGCGCCCACUUACCGAAGAAGAAACGCGGAUUCUGUUCGCAAAGCUUGCAAACUACACAGGAAACUCUUUGAAGAAUUUGAUUGCGCCUCUCGACAAUACCCCCGACUCCGACAGAUUUGUAUUCCGGUUACACCAGAGCCGGUGUUAUUAUGUCCGCCUUUCCCUCGCAAAUCUUGCAACUUCGAUAUCAAGAGAUAAGCUGCUCUCUCUGGGUACUUGCUUAGGAAAAUUUACGAAAACCCUCAAAUUCCGUUUACACAUUACUGCCCUUCCGAUCCUUGCGCAGCACGCUCGCUACAAGGUAUGGGUAAAGAGCAACGGAGAGAUGCCCUUCCUCUAUGGAGGCCAUGUCCUAAAGGCACACGUCGGCAGAUGGUCUGAUGACUGCCCAGAGCACCAAGGAGUGGUGGUGUACAAUCUUCACGAUACGCCGUUAGGUUUCGGUGUCACAGCGAGGAGCACGGCAGAGGCAAGACGUUUGGAUCCCACAAGUAUUGCGGUUUUCAGACAGGCGGACUGCGGAGAGUUCUUGCGUGAUGAAGAUACAUUGUUCUCAUAA